AUGGGAUCAGCUGGGAUCAGCCGGGCCGGAAACCCUUUCGUGGAAGGGUUUGGCCUUGCUAAAGACCUCGGGAGGAGCUUUCUCUUCUCCAUCUUGUCUUGGCAGUACCUGGAGAUGCGGUUCUCCAAGAAAGUCCGCCUGUGUGGGACAAUCCAGUACAUCAUUGCCACGAUCCUGUACACAGGCAUUGUCAUCUAUGCCCCUGCCUUGAUCCUCAACCAAGUGACCGGUCUGGAUAUUUGGGCCUCCCUUCUCUCCACGGGCACCAUCUGCACCUUUUACACCACCAUCGGUGGGAUGAAAGCGGUCAUCUGGACAGACGUCUUCCAGGUCUUCGUCAUGCUCUCCGGCUUUGUGGCCGUCUUGAUCCAAGGCACGCUCCUGGCUGGGGGGCCGGGCCAAGUCCUCUCCAUCGCCUACAACCACUCCAGGAUCAACUUGGGAGACUUCAGCCUGGCCCCCCGCAGCCGUUACACUUUCUGGACCUUUCUUUUUGGAGGGACAUUGGUUUGGCUGUCCAUGUACGGGGUCAACCAGGCCCAAGUCCAGCGCUACGUGGCUUGCAAGACGGAGAAAGAGGCGAAACUCGCCCUCCUCGUCAACCAAGUGGGCCUCUUCGUCAUUGUCUCCAGCGCAGUGGGCUGUGGCAUUGUAAUGUUUGCUCUCUACAAGGACUGUGACCCGCUCCUGGCCGGAUACAUCUCGGCGCCUGACCAGUACAUGCCCUACCUGGUCCUGGACAUCUUUGAGCACUCCCCUGGGGUGCCCGGCCUCUUCCUGGCCUGCGCUUACAGUGGAACUUUGAGCACGGCUUCCACCAGCAUCAAUGCCAUGGCGGCCGUCACUGUGGAGGACCUGAUCAAGCCGAACAUGCCCACCCUGUCGCCACGGAAACUCACCCUCAUUUCCAAGGGGCUCUCCUUAAUCUACGGCACCGCCUGCAUCACGGUCGCAGCUCUUUCGUCCUUGCUGGGAGGCGGCGUGCUGCAGGGCUCCUUCACAGUCAUGGGGGUCAUCAGCGGGCCCCUCCUGGGCGCCUUCAUCCUGGGAAUGUUCAUUCCUGCCUGCAACACUGUGGGGGUUUUUUCCGGCCUCGGCGUUGGAUUUGGCCUCUCCUUUUGGGUAGCUGUGGGGGGCACCCUCUACCCGCCCAGCGCUGAUAUCAUGGGUGUGCUGCCCUCCUACGGAGACUUCUGCCCGCUCUACAACGUCUCCCAGGGGGCAAACAGCACUCUGGUGUAUGGGCCGCUGCCCCCACUGCCCCCCUCUGAACAGCCAGAGAGGCCGGCCAUCGCAGACAGCUUCUACGCCAUUUCCUACCUCUACUACGGGGCCUUGGGAACCCUCACCACGAUCGCUGCCGGGGCCUUGGUGAGCUGCCUGAGAGGGUCUGCUGGCGAGGACAGGAAACGGCCGGGGGUGCUGUGGUGGGACGUCAUGAAGAAGCCAUUGGACAAGGCCCCCGGGGACUCUCCCGAGCUCCAGAAGAAGGCCUUCGACCCAGUCUCCCUGGUUCUUGGCUUCGAGGCGGAGGAGAAGACUCUGCUGGCCAAGGAGGAGAUGGCCCUGGCCAAGGGCUCCGAGGAGUCCAUCUGUGCGUGCAACGCUUUGGACCACGGCUGCUUCCACCUGCUCCGAGAGACCUGCGUCUAGGGGCCGGCGGGCAGUCGGAGAGCAGAAGCUGCUUCGGGCAUCCCCAGGCGGACGGGCAGCCUGACUGGUUGAACUGGGUCCUCCAAGGGAUGGGCGCGAGGGUGGCCUCCCCAGGCAGACGGAGCCGCAAGUGCUUCGCCGGGGCUGUUUAUCACCCCAAUUUGCCUUGCGCCAGUAACUCCCGAGGGGGUGUUUCCAAAGGACAUCGGUGUGGGCAUGUCUGCGGGUAGAACACCCGUGCAGAAAAGAGGAAGAGGGGAGGCAGCCAUUGCAAACGUUUCAAUUAUUCAGUCGGUUCAACGUGGAUUCAUAAAUGCCCCUCCUUUAAA